AUGGUCUCCUUGAUUUCGCUGUCGAUGGACAUGGACGACCAGAGUGCGCUCUCGCUUGUCAACGAGUUGGAGAACGCAGUGAUGCGGCUGCACGACGAGAGCAUCGACCGGCAGAGCAGCACCAGCACCUCCAGGGCAGAAUACCAGCGACUGAUGGAUAGCCACACAAAACGUGCGGCGGUCAUGGAGGAGUACCGGCUGAUGGUGGAGCGCCGGAGGAGACAGUGCCAGCAGCAGCCCGCACAGCGUGUGGAGGCUGCAGAGGCCGACGGUAUUAUUUUGAGCGAAAGCCAAAUUGUGAACGAGGCGGCAGUGUCCGACAGGAAAGCGCCCAAGACGGGGGCUCAUCCCGCCGGUGAAACUUCCGUGACAUCUCCCACCGCCAGCAUCAUCGCCACUGCUGCCAGUGUGACCUCUUCUCUCCGUAGUAGUUCAUUCAAAUGGAAACGGCCGCGGGGCGCUUUUACUGGCAGCACGGCGAGUUCAGCGGCAAAACAGCGUGCAAAAGUAAACUCCGCGCCAAGUACCCCGCGAGGAGGCGAAAAAAGUCGUUCGCAGCAGGGCAGAUCCCGUGGUUUUGCAGCUAAGCGUGUGUCGCCGUCAACGACACCGCCACUGUCAUUGCGUGAGCCACCGCUGGAAUUGCGCCACCCACAAGAUUUGCAUCUUCAUGAGCCAAUAGAGCCGAGCGACGUCGUCUCGCCUGCGUCUUCGUUGCUUCUAUCACCGAAAGAGCCGUUUGCCCACCCCACCUCCAAUACCAGGCGGUGCUCCGGGAAGCAUGAGGAGCAUGAGCCUCGUGAAGUGAACGACGAUGAUGAGAGGACGGAAGGGGAGAAGUUCCCCACGGGCCAAGUUGGGGAAUUGACGCAUCGGUUUUCCACACCUCUUGGGCCAGCUGCACCUGCUGCGCCGCACACUCCUGAUGCUUCCACGCUUGUGAUUGAGACGGAGGAGGACAAACAACUGCUAAAACACCAAGCGAUAAAAACGAGGUUAUCGUCCGUAAGCAAAACGAGGAGAGUUUCCAAAAAAGUAGCAGACAACAACGCACCGCUCUCGGAGGAAUUCCAACGGAGAUUACUCUCAAAGGAGCCGGUAGCCAUGAACGACGACGAGGAACUGUCAUCCAUGACGUCUGUCUCUUCUCGCUCUCUUGAAGACAUGACACCGAUGCUCAAUCGUUUUGGUCGUCACGCAGAAGAAGAUGUAUCCAAGAGUCGGAGAGAAUUGAAGCCAUCCGGUUUGUCGGUGGUGGGCCGGAAGCUCACCGCACCUUGGUGCCCGGCAGAUGUUGUGGAGGCCCCACCCCUGCAGGGAGGCGAUGACGGCGGGAGGGCAACCGAACCUAAUUGUAUUGUGCCACCUGCAUCGCACGACGCGCAGGCGCUGCGGGCUGCAGCCGAUACGUUGUCGGGGCGUAGUAUUGCCUUUACGGCCGAAGAUAAAGCGGCAUGCAUUGCUACCGUUGCUGCCGUACUGCAAGGCAUCCUCGUUCAGACCCGUCGUGUGCUUCCUUGCUAUUACUGUGGCGAAGGGCAGCCCCUCUCCUCGUACAGGUUGCAUUUGGACUUUUGUAAGAUCCGCACGGAAGCCCUCUACGCGCGCUACGGCCUUAAUCCGCUGCGUUUUAUGAUGAGCGUGCCGGUAUUGCCCAUUCCGGCACUAACGGCUACGGAUGCGGAGAAAAGCGCAUUUGCCAAAGCGUGCUAUAGGAGCGUGAAGGAGUCCAUUCUGCCAUGCCCCGGAUGCGACAUGUCUUUUCGCAUUCACGAGCUUCCAGAGCACCAAAAUGUGUGCAACAACAGUAGCAAGAGCAACCGCAUCGGCGGCGAUUUACCCUUAAAAGAAAAGAAGUGA